AAAAACACUACAAGAAGCCUAAAGCAAACGUUACACAUCGCCAUUCGAAUAGAACAUCAUGCCAUGUUUUCACACCACCUAACACGUCAAUUCGCAAACCCCGCCCUAAGUCCUAAAGUCCAUUGCUUGGCAACAAGUGAGAGCCGGGCUACUCUGCCAUGGCCGAGUGGCUGACUGUCCCUGGCCUGUGGAAACAGAAAGAAACUCAAACACCAGUGUUUGACACCAGUGGAAACGCGGAAACAGAGGACAGUCACUGGCUUCUGUCCGUGGCUUUACCGGGUGGUCGCAGGGGAUGUCGCGGUCAUCACAUUGCUGGUACAAACCUAAGAUAUGUGCCACGGCGCGCCAUCCUCUACUGCCCCGGCAAUGAUGAGAGGAAGCUGAAGAAAUUGGUAUCGCUAAAGGGCCUGGACUGUGCGGUGCUCGACUGUGAGGAUGGGGUGGCCCUCACCAAAAAGACAGAGGCCAGGGAGAUCAUCUCCAGAGUGCUGUCAGAACUGGAUCUGGGCAGGACAGAGAAAUGUGUGAGGGUCAACUCAGUGUCCAGUGGCCUUGCCGAUGUUGACCUAGAGGUCAUCCUGCAGGCCAGUGUUCUGCCUCCUGCCCUGAUGCUGCCCAAGUUGGAGUACACAGGAGAGGUGCAGUGGUUUGUUGACAGACUUCAGCACCACUUGAAAGGGCGAGUGCUGACAGAGCCCAUUCGCCUGGUCACCUUUGUGGAAACCGCUGUAGGCCUGCUUAAUUUGAAGGUUGUGUGUGAGGAGGUGAGACGUUUGGCCCCCACAGUUGGUCUCCACCAUGACGGUGUGGUGUUCGGUUCGGAUGACUUCUGCGCCAGCGUAGGUGCCACGCGGACUAAGAAUGCCAUGGAGCUGCUCUAUGCCCGUCAGAAGGUGGUGGUAACAUCAAAGGCCUUCGGGCUGCAAGCCAUAGACCUGGUCCACAUUGACUACAAGGACCAAGAUGGUCUACAGCAGCAGGCCAGGGAAGGUGCUCUCAUGGGCUUCACAGGGAAGCAGGUGAUCCACCCCAACCAGAUCCAGGCAGUGCAGGAGGAGUUUUCUCCCAGUCUUGAGAGAGUCCAGUGGGCUACAGAACUUAUCGCUGCUUUUGACACACACCAAAAACAGGGAAAGGGUGCCUUCACCUUCCGGGGCAGUAUGAUCGACAUGCCGUCAGUGAAGCAGGCUCAGAACAUCAUAACGCUUGCUGCCGUCACUGGGAAUUGAGGAGCUCAGCAAGAAGAGUCGGGGAUAGGAAUGGAAUGGAGUGGAGUGGAAUGACAGGAGGGAGAAACCAACUGAGAAACAGUGAGACAAGUCACUUUUCUGUGUGCCCCGGCAUUUGCUUGAGGAGAUGGCAUACCACCAGAAAACCCCAAAUGUAUGACCUUGUGGAUUUACAGCACCAUUUAAUUAUACAUUUUACUGAUGUUGAUGUGUUUUAUCAUUGUGUUCAUUAAAUAAAAAAUUAAAUAUUUUACAGUA